GAAAAGUCUGGGAGCUAAUAGCACCAAUAUUGUCGACAAAAAAAAAAAAAUGGCACCAAUUCUCUGCGGGCAAGGAUUCCCGCAAGUCAUGUCACAUCAAAAUUCCUUGGAAAAAUCAAAGGCAACUAAGGCCAGUGGGGUUUCUUCUCUUCAACAAGUCGAAUGCUUCUGCACGUUCUCAUCCCUUCAGUUUCGACUCAACGCGUUAAUGGUGUUUGCUUUAUUGCCUCUGAGAACUCGCUUUGAAUUGGGUGAUUAAUUGCGAUCUGUUGUAAACAGUUUCUGUGUCCUACUCAAGCUUUAGGAUGUUAAGAACAAAAUUGAUUUUCGUUUUCAGCCUCAUGGCCCUUGCUUUGUCUCUUUGUCCUGAUGCCUGUAUGGCUAGAGCCAAAUACAAGCCUUGCCCCCCUUUUUCUUCUUGCGGCAACCUUAGUAUUAUAUACCCUUUCCGAUUGCAUACCGAUCCUGUUGAGUGCGGUUUACCAGGGUAUGAACUAGUAUGCGAGAAUAAUCGCACAACUUUGGUCACAGAACUGGGCAAAUUCUUUGUUGAGAAUAUCAGUGAAUAUAAACAAACCAGUUCUGGUUUUGGCUCAGACGGGAAAUCAUUUGUUAUGAACUGGACAGAGUAUGGAGUCCGAUUGGUCGAUCCCAG